AAUGUUGAUCGCAGAUAAGUUUUUACUCGUCAUUUUGGCAAAUUAUCUCCUCUAAUAUUCAGACCAGAGCAAUCGGCAAGGAACGUAUCGGAGCAACCUCAAUUCCAUUUCCUUCCCGCCCUUCUCUUCCAACAAUGUAGCAUUCUCUUAGGUUUUCACUUCCAUCGAUUUCCCUGGCUGGAACGCAAUCGAUGGCCUGCGAACGGUUUCUGACACUUUCUUCCCCAUUUCCCUAUUCCAGGCUCGGGAUCCUCAAGCCACGAACAUGGCGUCGCCCAUAUCCCUCAAUAUCAUCGCAAAUUUCAACUCCGUCCAAUUCUCAAAGCGGCAAAGUGGACGAUUCGAAGAAGAACAACCUGAAUUUACUCGAGCUCUCUGUAACUCUCACUAUAAUUUCAACCUCUCUUCCUAUGUCCAGCGCCCUUGCUGCUACCGCCUCCAAAGAAGUGAAGGAAAGAAGGCGUGGACCUAAGAAAUCUUCCGCCAAAAAAGUUGAAGCUCUUUCGCCGCAGGAGCUGCUUUCGUGGUCGCAGGGGCUUCCAUCUAUCUCAAACCGGAUUCCCUAUACUGAAGUCCUGGAUUUUAAAAGGGAGGGAAAACUUAAGCAUGUGAUUAAAGUUCCUAAUGGGUUUUUGAGGGUGAGGUCGGAACCAGUAAUGGUGGUUCUGGAGGAUUCCAGAGUGUUGAGGACGGUGUUGCCGUCUGUGGAGAGUAAUCGAAGGUUUUGGGAGCUUUGGGAUGAGUUGGGGAUCGAUUCUGUUUGUGUUAAUGCAUAUACACCUCCUAUAAAGCCUCCUGAUGUGCCUACUCCGUAUUUGGCGUUCUUGUCGAGAGUACCGGAAUUUAUGUAUUUUUUUGUUAAGCCUAAGAAAGAGUCCAAGAGAGCUGCAGAGCUUAGGCGUGUGAGGGAGGAGUUAAAGAUGGAAAAGUCUGCUGAAUUGGCGAAAAUGAGGCAAGAAAGAGAGAUGAUUGAAAAGGCAAUGAAGGUGCAGAAGAAAGAGGAGGAGAGGAGGAUUAGGAAAGAGACAAGGAGAAAGAAGCAGGAGGAAUCAUUACGUGAAGCUAGAAAAAACUACCAACGUAUGGCACUCGUGUGGGCAAAUUUAGCCCGGGAUUCAAAUGUGUCAACAGCCCUUGGUUUGGUAUUUUUUGUUAUUUUCUACCGAACUGUGGUGUUCAGCUAUAGGAGACAGAAGAAGGAUUAUGAAGAUCGAUUGAAGAUUGAGAAGGCUGAAGCAGAGGAGAGGAAGAAAAUGCGGGAGUUAGAGAGGGAGGUGGAAGGUAUAGAGGGUGAGGAUGAUGAUGUUGAGCAAGGAAAAGGUGAACAAAAUCCUUAUUUGAAGAUGGCUAUGCAAUUUAUGAAGUCGGGUGCUCGAGUUCGUCGGGCUCAUGGCAAGAGACUACCUCAGUAUUUAGAGAGAGGAGUGAAUGUGAAGUUUGAGGAUGUCGCUGGGCUUGGGAAAAUAAGGCUCGAGCUUGAGGAAAUUGUGAAGUUUUUCACACAAGGAGAGAUGUACAGAAGAAGGGGUGUAAAGAUACCAGGUGGGAUACUACUUUGCGGUCCUCCUGGAGUGGGGAAAACCUUACUUGCAAAAGCUGUUGCUGGUGAGGCAGGCGUUAACUUUUUCUCCAUAUCUGCUUCUCAAUUUGUGGAAAUAUAUGUCGGGGUUGGUGCUUCGCGUGUUCGAGCCCUAUAUCAAGAAGCGAAGGAAAAUGCUCCAUCAGUUGUUUUCAUUGAUGAGCUAGAUGCUGUUGGAAGGGAACGUGGUUUGAUAAAAGGUUCUGGAGGGCAAGAACGUGAUGCUACUCUUAAUCAGCUUCUUGUCUGCUUGGAUGGAUUCGAAGGCAGGGGUGAAGUAAUCACUAUUGCUUCCACUAAUAGACCAGAUAUUCUUGAUCCGGCUCUCGUGAGGCCUGGACGAUUUGAUCGAAAGAUAUAUAUUCCUAAGCCUGGACUUAUUGGUCGCAUGGAAAUUCUCAAGGUUCAUGCACGAAAGAAACCUAUGGCUGAAGAUGUUGAUUACAUGGCUGUUGCUAGUAUGACAGAUGGAAUGGUUGGUGCAGAACUAGCAAACAUAGUUGAGGUUGCUGCUUUAAAUAUGAUUCGUGAUGGCAGAACUGAGAUUACAACCGAUGAUUUAUUGCAAGCUGCUCAAAUAGAAGAAAGGGGAAUGCUGGAUAGGAAGGAAAGAAGCCCAGAGACAUGGAAGCAAGUGGCCAUUAAUGAAGCAGCAAUGGCUGUUGUAGCCGUGAACUUCCCUGACCUUAAAAAUAUUGAAUUCGUCACUAUUGCACCUAGAGCUGGUAGGGAAUUGGGUUAUGUUCGGAUGAAAAUGAAUGCCAUAAAGUACAAUGAAGGAAUGCUUACCCGCCAGUCCCUCUUGGAUCAUAUAACUGUUCAACUAGCACCACGUGCAGCAGAUGAGCUUUGGCAUGGGGAAGCCCAGGAUAUUGAUUUGGAAGCUUUGCGGAUUGUGAACAUUUGUUAUGAGCGUGCAAAAGAGAUUUUGCAACAAAACAGAAAGCUCAUGGAUGCGGUGGUUGAUGAUCUUAUUCAAAAGAAAAGUUUAACAAAACAAGAGUUCCUCCAACUCGUUGAGUUGCAUGGCUCGGUUAAACCAAUGCCUCCGAGCAUCAUUGACCUUCGAAUUGCCAAACGGACCAAGUUUGAGGAGGAGAUGAUGAAGAACCAAAAGAAAAUACCCAUAAGCAGCAACAGCUCAUAAACAUGGACCUCCAAAACUAUUGCUAUAACUCUGUUCUAAAGUUUUGAGAUCACGGUUUCACAAAUUUCUAGCAGUGGUACUGUGAUAGCAAAAGUCAUUGCCUGAGCUGGAGAAGGAACAUAUAUUUUCCUACUGGAGACUGGUUCUACCGGUCAUUUCCCAGUGAUGAAUUAGACAGUGGAGACGUGAAGCUGGUCGAUUGGUUGGACAGUAGAAAGGUGAGUAUUUGUUAGUUCCUUUUCAAUUUUAUCCCAUUUGGUAUAUGUGGUUUCGGAGUUGGCUAUGUUUACACAGGUUUUCUUCACCAUUCAUAGUCUAUCAUUUCAUGUAACUAUUCCUAAGUUUUAGAUGCCUUUUUUCUUACUCUGAUAAUUAGUGUUACUUUGUAAUAAGUUGAGUUUCUCGCGUGAAAUUUUUGGUGGUUAGAUUAUAAUUUCAGUACUUGUACGUUAUUUAAAGAUUUUGAUAUCUAUACCUUUAUAUUCAUCUCUA